UAACCUCUAAGAAAUACGGGGUGUAUCACGUGACUAUUAAUUGGCCCCAUCCACAGGUCCCAAAAUCGUAGUCGUAGCUUUAGUUCCCCCACCCCAAACCCCCGUAUUUCUUGUUGAAUUUUGGUUCAAUCUUCCCAUUCUGGGUUGUAGAAUAGGCGAUGGUGGAUGACAUCGAUGAUAUCGUUGGACACAUCAAUUGGGACGAUGUAGAUGACCUCUUCCACAAUAUUCUAGAGGAUCCCGCCGACAAUCUCUUCUCUGCUCAUGAUCCGUCCGCGCCGUCUAUCCAGGAGAUCGAGCAGCUUCUCAUGAACGAUGAUGAAAUCGUCGGUCACGUGGCUGUCGGAGAGCCUGAUUUUCAACUUGCUGACGACUUUCUCUCCGACGUGCUAGCCGAUUCUCCUGUUCAGUCCAAUCUUUCUCACUCUGAUAAAGUCAUUGGAUUCACCGAUUCCAAGGUUUCAAGUGGCUCCGAGGUGGAUGAUGACGACAAAGACAAGGAGAAGGUUUCCCAGUCGCCGAUUGAGUCUAAGGACGGCUCCGACGAACUAAACAGUGAUGAUCCCAUCGAUAAAAAGCGCAAGAGGCAAUUGAGAAACAGAGAUGCAGCUGUCAGGUCACGAGAGCGGAAGAAGUUGUAUGUUAGGGAUCUUGAGUUGAAGAGUAGAUACUUUGAAUCAGAGUGCAAGAGGUUGGGGUUAGUUCUCCAGUGCUGUCUUGCAGAAAAUCAAGCUUUGCGCUUCUCUUUGCAGAAUAGCAGUGCUAAUGGUGCUUGUAUGACCAAGCAGGAGUCUGCUGUGCUCUUGUUGGAAUCCCUGCUGUUGGGUUCCCUGCUUUGGUUCCUGGGCAUCAUAUGCCUGCUCAUUCUUCCCAGCCAACCGUGGUUAAUUCCAGAAGAAAAUCAACGAAGCAGAAACCACGGUCUUCUGGUUCCAAUAAAGGGAGGAAAUAAGACUGGUCGGAUUUUUGAGUUCCUGUCCUUCAUGAUGGGCAAGAGAUGCAAAGCUUCAAGAUCGAGGAUGAAGUUCAAUCCCCAUUCUUUGGGAAUUGUGAUGUGACUCAUUGUGAUCAAAUCCUUUCCCUUGGUGGAUCAUGCUUCCUUUGAGUUCUUUAGUUUGUAUCAUAGACUUUCUGUAUGAGUCUUUGCUUUUACAUCUGAAGGACGUCGUUCAGUGUUAUUAGUUAUGACUUAUGAGCUUACUAAGAUCUAUGCAACUUUUUAACAGUUCCAGCCUAAAUUUGUUUCCUUUCUGUUUUGCA